AUGACAAAUAAGAAUCUCGAUGCCAUCCGCAUCGCGCCGAAGAGGAUCCAUGCGUUCUUUGCGUUCGCAAGACCAACAUGGAUAAACGAAAUCUCCGAAAAGGUCCACGACCAUGCUGAGGAUCAGUUCGAACUUUCUGGCCUGGUCCUUGACACCACCGCACUCGACAUCAUACGAGUCCACGAGGUCUUACGAGUUAUUUUCAUCGCCGCCAGAUUGAUAACCCAGGAGGAGAAGCUUAGGAAAUUCGAGGAACAAGCAAUGUUGAGGUCUGUCCUCGCACUGCACAUAUUGGACCACCAAGUCGACAGGGUCUCUCGCGAGCUGGCCGAAUCCACGAUUGACAAUGCCGAGCAUCAGAAAAGCCUCGACACAAUAGAAGCAAAUAGUAAGGCAGAGUUGGCGGCCCACAGACGUGCAGAUCAGCAAGUCGCGAGGAGGGCUUUUGCCUUGCGAUCGCAUCAGACUCGCGGGCAACUCAAGGUGAACCGCAUCGCAUAG